CUAGAGGGCCUUCUCACGAACAGUUCUCCGUAUUUCGAACCUUUCUUUAGGCCAACAUCAAAAUUUUUAAAAAUUCAAAAUUUUGGUUUUUCCCUUUUAGAUUAAGCUAAAAAAUAGAAAUUUAAAAUGUGUAAUCCUUGCUGCGGACCUUUUGAGCCCAGGGGCUGUCGCAGUCGCGAGCUACGCUGCAGCAUCUUGUACACUUCGUGUGAUUGCGUGAAGCGAAAUGGCCUGCAGGACAAAUGUCCGAGAGCUGCGUGCCAAGGGCGUCCACCUUGCAUGUGCUUCCCAUUCCCCACCUGUGGACCGGCGUCGUUCCCAUUACGAUUUGCUAACAUGACAAUGGGGGUCAAUAAUAAGCGCAUGAGAUGUGCAGCCACAGCGGCAACUUGCGCAGGAGGCGGUGGACUGCCACGUGCCUGCGGCGGCUGUUCAGGCUGUUAAUUUCAGCGCAACUCCCUACCUGGAUUUUCGAUGCAGCCAGCUUCUGCUGUGCACUGUUUAAAGCUCACUGAUAUAUCACACAAAUUGAAGGUCCGCGCAUUUGGUGCACGCUAUGGUCUUUCCCGUCUGCCCCGAGUCUUGUUAUUUUUUUUUUCUUUUUCAUGCAUUUGAAAUAGUUCGGCAUAAUUUACUAUUUUUUCCGCUCACUGUACGCAUGGUCUACAACCCAAAUUUGCGCAACCAAAAUUACUUGUGAAAAAGCAACGAUUAAUAUGAUGUUAAUUGUAUAAAAAAUUCUUAUGGUCAAAGAAAUUCCACAAUAAAGAAAGAUUCGAAAUACAAUAAUUCGAUUUCAAAAUUCCAUAUCUAUU